AGGGGGCGGGGGUGGAGGAGGCGGGCCAGGGAGAGCCCCGGGGAGGAGGGCGGCUCGUCUCCCGGGCAGGGCGUGGGCCGCGCGCGGUCCCCAGCCCACCGGGCCGUGCCGACAAUGGCCUGUUGUAGAAGGCGGCGGGGAGGAAUGCGGCCCGGGGAGUCGGGCGGCGGGGCGGCGGGGCGGGGCCGGGUCUGGGCGGCAGCCUCUUACCUGUCCAGGUAGCUCGCAUUUCGCGGCGAGCGGCGGCCCCGCAGCACCUGUCGCCCGGCGCGCGGGCGCGGAGGACGGCGGGGAACAUGGCCUGGUAGAGUCGCCUGGGGAGCCCGUGCGGAGUUCGGUCCGGGGCAGGGCAAGCGCGGGAGGGACGGUCCUUCCCCGGCGCCCGCGCGGCCUGCGGCAGCAUGAGAAAGAACCAGACGGUGCAGGGCACCUUCAGCAAACUCUUCGGGAAGAAGCACGCCGCCUCCCCCAACACCUCCCUCUACGCCACCAACCCGCCCUGGAUUUUCACCCAAGAGGCCCCGGAGGAGGGGACCAGAGAUUUUGAUGGGAUCUACUAUGGAGACAAUCGCUUUAACACGGUGAGCGAGUCAGGAACAGCCACGCUGAAAGCUCGGCCCCGAGUCCGGCCCCUGCUGACCUUCCUUCCGCUGAAUGCCCAGGAAAACCAUGGGCUGGCUGUACCUACCCCCUCUGUCCCGGAAGACUUUGGAGACAAAGAAGUGACAGGCCCAAUGGUGGCCUCUCAGGGCAAGGAGGGCAGGAAAGGCCCCAGCCUGCCAGAGAAGGAGGCUCCCCCGAGCCUGCCAGAGACAGAGAGCUUGCCAGGUGUUCCUGAGAAGAGUCUCUGCAGCAGCAGCCUGCCAGGGGGAGAGGCAGCCCCCAGCCUGUCCCUCCCCCCGGUGGACUACGUCCCCCAAGACUCCCCAACUCCCAGCGUCCGGCAGAUCCGGAGUGAGCUGGAGGCCCGGCUUUCGUCUUCAGCAGAGAAGGAAGCCAAGCCCAGCACAGGGUCUCUGCCUCCCAAGCCUCGGCUAGAAGGGGGAAGAAUCUUUGAAAACGGGACUGGUAAUGGGAAACUCUCCAAGUCUGUGGCCAAGAAUCCACCCCCUCUAUCCACCACUCCUAUGCCAACCACACCACCCCAGUCCAAGGCCGUACCAGGGCCAGCCACACCACCCAAGCCCACGCCUGGGCCAGCCACACCACCCAAGGCCACACUGGAGCCAGCAACACCACCCAACACCACGCCUGGGCCUUCUGUACCAUCUACAGCCACAACUCUGCCCACUAUGUCAUCCCAACUGAUGGCAGAGAAGGAUCUAGUCCCAGCUGAGCAGUGGAAGAAGCCAGAAUCUCAAGACAUUUCCAUUCCCUCCCAGCCAAGGGCAGAAGGGCCCCCCUCAGAGGCCACUAGGCUGCGCACAGGUGGAGCCCUCUCAUCUCCAGCCCUCCCACCAAAGACAUCCCCUGGCCGGGAAGAGGUGUUAUUUCUCUACAAGCCCCAUCGCAGCCAGAACAGCCCCAGCAGAGAGGUUGCUGUGGUGAUGCCCACCCCAGCCAGAGGAGAGGCUACAGGGUCGGGGGAGCCUGUGGAGGUGAAGGAGCCCCAGGGGCUGCCACCCAAAGCCCCCCCCUCAGCCCAGCCUGCUGAUGACCUACUCAGGCACCCAGUGACUGGGGAGGUGGUGGAGCGGGGCUCCCCAAUGGCCCUGCUCCUGGCAGCCAGGCAGAGGGCACAGAAGGGGAGGCCCGGAGGGGCUGUCUUGGGUCGGUCCUCCCUGCCAGGGAGUAUCCGAGUCCACAGCCACCAACCCGAGGCCUUGGCCGGCUCUGACAGCAUCUUCUACAGCGAGUGUCGGCCCAACUCCUUCACUGUGGUCCCCAAGUCACCCAAGGAGCCUGACAAGGACUCCCAGCUGACCUCGUCAGCCCAGCCCACGGUAACCCGCCAGUGGAAGCCCCAGGCCCGAAGAGACCCAGAGGGCACAGAGCCAAGCCGAAGGCACAACUGGACAAAGGCGGAGCCCCAGGCCCCUGUGGCUUGGGAAAGACCAGCUCCCCUGAACCUCCCGCGGGGCCGCCUGCUGCCCAAGUCCUUCUCCUCCCCACCUUCCCCUUCGUACAAGAAGGAGGAGGAGGAGGAGGAGAAAGAGUUCAGCUUUGAGGUCAUCCCACCGCCGCCAGAGUUCAGCAAUGACCCUGAGCCCCCGGCCCGGACCCUCCAGUAUCUGGGCCGCCGCCUGGACUCCCCUCCCCGGAACAACUUCUCAGACUUGGGGCAGCCCCGGGACGCGGGCCCCACAGCGCCCCCGGCCCGCGGCUUCUCGGGUUUCCCCGCGGGUGCGCGCUACGCCGGGGCCGGGGGCCUGGAGCGCUUCUCGGGCGGGGGCCGUUCGCUCAUCAAGAAGCGCCUGUACGUCGGGGAGCCCCACCGCAGCCCCGGGCUGCCUCGCGGCGGCACCGGCCGCAGCCUGAGCACCCCCAACUGCUUCGGGCCGCAGCCCGGAGGGCCCUUCGGAGCGCCCGGAGGCCCCGAGAUGCGGCGCGUCAACUCGGCGGGCCGCGCGCCCCCCGGCGGCCUGCACGCGCGGAGGCUGUCCCAGGAGGGCGCCGCCCGGGCGGCCGGGGACGCCAAGCACAAAGCGCCCGGCGGCGCCGACUACGGCUUCGCCCCUGCUACGGGCAGGUCUCCCCACAGCACCCCCCACUACGGAAGCCCCAUCAACACGUUUACUGUGAGGCCUGGGACCCGCCAUCCCAUCUCCUAUGCCUACUCAGGGGCCCAUCGGAAAGCAACCUCCUGAGCCCCAGGUUCUCUCAGCUCUACUUGAAGGGGUUGGAUCUGGGCACUUGCUUUUGCGGGGGGUGGGAGGGACACAGCAGGUUAGGCAGCCUGACUCAGACGUGGAGGAAGCUUUGCUCCCGGAAGACAGACGGAUGGACAAUGAAUGAGAAGCAGCAGGGCAGCCUGUGCAGAUCGAGAGUGCUGUUUCCCAGAGCACUGUGUGGCUGCGGACUGUCUACACAUGGGGAUGGGAGGGGAAGGAGGGAAGACAGGAGGAACCUUUAAGGGCCUGGGCACUGAGUUUCUGAUAUCUGGUACUAUCUGCUGUGGCAAGACUUAUUUAAAGCAGUCUUACAAGCAUGUCCUACUGAGCAGGUUCUAAAAGCAAGGGGUGGGGUGCUGACUCUGUCAGGCCCUUGCAAGGGGCCAAGGCCCAGCCCCAACCAGGUCGGGGUGCAGGGCACCUCAGGUAGAUCACUUUAGCUUCCAUCAGUUGCCACCCCAAGAGGUGAUACCUAGGAUUCCUAGCCACAUUGAGGUGGGACCAGGAAUGUACAUGCACAACAUAUGGAGAAGACACCGGAAACAGAGCCCUUUGCAUUGGCCAAGGGCAGAAGUAAGGGGAUUAAUGGUUCAUUUUUCCUUGGCCAUGGCCCUUAGUUACAGGGAGGCCUAGAGAGAGGAGAUUUGGCAAGUUUGGGAUGGGAGACUGAGAAUUAAGGCUUGCU